AUUUUGUUGUAUUAACACUGGCUUGAAACAGCACGAGGAAACGUGAUACUGUUAUAAAUGCAAUAUAUUCAUAUUAACUUUGUUUUUAUAAUAAUUUCAACGAAGGGGAAAUACUAAAUUGCUGAGCACGGAAUAAUGACUUUAAAAGUUUUAUCAUUAGCCGUUAUUGUGAUAAUCAUCAGCUCAGUGUAAAUGUGACGUUUGUGUCGUUUGUGUGUUAAAUUGCAAUUGCGUAACAACGGGACGAUGUCUAUAAAAGUUUUACUCACAACUCUAAUCGUGAUAACCCUAAGCUCAGUCAUGUCUGCAAACUACAGACCUCUGUUCAAUGAAGCCCUUGUUGACAUCAAUGUCAUAGCUGGUCAAACUGCCGUGUUGCCAUGUUCUGCACUUCAUAAAGGAGACCAUAAGAUUAUAUGGAUGAACCCGAGACGUAUAUUAUUCAGUAAUGAAGAGACUAUAGUUAUAGACGAUCGUAGAGUUGGUGUUGAGAGCACGAAACAGGGUGACUGGAACCUUCGUAUUAAACACGUGCAGCAUAAUGAUAGUGGGGAGUACACGUGCCAGAUAAACACGAGUCCUGUCAAGAUAAAGCGAGUGCGAUUACAUGUACAAGUUCCUGCUCACAUUUUGAACGAGCUAUCAAGCAGGGAUGUUGACGUUCCAGAAGGAGGUGACGUCGUUCUGACGUGCAAAGCCACCGGAAUUCCACAACCAAACAUAACGUGGUUUCUGAAACCAAUAGGAGCGGAGCAAAAUAAAGAAUGUCCUUUUGCAGAUCUGAAUACUGAAGGCGAAUCGUUAUACAUUCAGAAUAUAAAACGGUACCAAAGUGGACAUUACGUAUGCCUAGCAUACAACGGUGUACCUCCUGCUACAACCAGGGAGAUGCUUGUCAAAGUGCAAUAUGUACCAAUCAUAAAGUUGCUGAAUUCUCGACUUGGUCAAUCUCUCGGCAAAGAAACUAUCUUAGAAUGCAGUGUGACGUCACAUCCACGAGCCAAAAUAAGCUGGUACAAAAAUGGAGUGCAGAUAAAUCAUAGUUAUAAAUUUAGACAAGAAGUGUACCCAGGAAAGCAUGACACAUAUUCAUUGACACUUCAAAUAUUGUAUAUAAAUAAACAUGACUAUGGUGACUACACGUGUGAGGCAGAGAAUCGGAUGGGAACAGAACAUGCUACAAUGGUUCUUUAUGAAUACAAAGAGCCAACUUCACGAACAAAGAGAACGACAACAUACAUUCCAUUUACAACGAAAUCAUAUGAUGACGAUUACUAUGAGAUGAUUGACAAGUUCAAUCAGGAAAAGAAAACUGAUGAAUAUGUCGCGGACGGGGAAAAAUACACUCCACAAAACUCAUACAGUAAUAACAACAACAAAAUCUACGCCGAGAAUGCGGAUAAGAGCAAUUAUCUAAGGAACACAGACUACAACACAGCGAACCAAGCAGUCAUGAAUAUUGCAUAUAUAGCCAUUUCCGUACUCUUUAGUAGUAUUUGCCACUGAAAACUGUAACAGUGUUAUCCAAGAAGCCGAAUUCCAUACAAUGGCCGUCGCUGUACAUAUGAUAUCUUGCACAAACAUAUAAAUAUGGAGACAUUGCAAGUCGUCACUGACAGAAUAAGCGGUAUCUACAGAGGUACAGAACCUGAAGUUACAUUCCAAUCAAGAUUCAAAGGACUAUUUAACACUAGCUUUGUUCAGAUACAAACGUUAUUAUUCAGGAUUGCAAAAUUUUUGUCAUGAUUAUCACUUUGUUUAACAAUAUUAAACAGAUAUAUUAUGCUGAUGAGGUUAAUAUCGAAGUUUACGGCUUCAGUCAAUAUCAACUUGUACAUGUCCAUAAGCUUGGAUAUUUACCGACAGAAUUGACUACACCGAAAACAGAGCAGUGUGCUUAGUAUCUAAUACAAAUUCAAUGAUAUAUAGUUUAUAGAGUUUACAUACAGGCAACCCACACUUACCUUAUAUCAGCUCCACAUCUAAAACCUUUCUCAAGACGAUUUAAAAAUAUAUGUAUACAUGAAAAGCUUGUUUGUUUGCAAGAUAAUCACUUUUUGCGGUAAAUUUCACUUUCAAUGGUCCUUCAUGUGACCAAUUACCGACCAAUGAGAUAAGCGGAAUCAACGAGUUAUAGUCUACUCCUAGAUACAUACUUGCUGCUACCCUUAACGGAAGCUAGAACUUACACAUGAUCGUGGACUGCUGAAGUGGAAAUAAAUCACGUGAUGAUAAUGUUUUAAAGAUAUAUUUUAAUUGUUUCCGUAUGUAUACUUACUUAACACAUGCUGUUGUCACAUUGAAAACACCACGAUAGUGUCAUGACACUCGUCACAACAACCUUACCCACUUUUUAAAAAUCUAAACCAGAAAAUGACAUUCAGAAAUAUCUUCAUGAAAGAGAAAACGCUGGUUGCACAAAUUCAAAUGUAUAUUAAGUCAAUUCAGCAACAAAUGUUUCUUGUAAUAGGUGUAGUAAAUCGCAUCUCACUUUUGCAGUUGUAACGUAAAAUGCUAACACAGAAUUGAACUAUAUAAGUAAACAUGUGGCUCUGGAGCUACUUUGUACUCGAGAUUGAACCGUUCAGCCACACCAUUCAGUUUCAGCCAAAGUUGUAAAUAAGACAUUUUAUUAUACCUGUUCUUUUUUCAAAUGGCUAAACUUCUUGUGUUGGACCUGGAAAGAGUGAAAUUGUGUACCUAAGUGUUAUCAUUACAGCAUUAUUUUAAAAUGCAUUACUUUAAAUAUGUACAGUUUGUGCAUUGUGCUAUGAAAUCCGUGUCGUUCAUAUGUCAGUAUUAUGCAAAAUGUGGAAUAAAAUAUUUUCUGUGUUUGUAUAUAUAUGCAUUUUAAUUCAAGAAGCGUUAUAAAACAGCGUAAUUAUCUUAUUGUAUAUAGCAUAGGAAGCUAGUCAUUUGACCAUGUUUCAAAAAAAAAAAAAACAUGAUGAAAAGUAAAUUGACAUGAAUUUUAGUAGUAAUUUUAUUUACAGGUUAACAAAUAUAAUGAACCUUCAAAACUGGUAAGCUUUUCCUCUUCGUUCUUUUUUGUGUAUUAUUAACAUUCCUUCUCAAGUUGCAUGAUGACAUGCAGAAGCUGCGAAGAGCCGGGAAAAUUCUUAUACAUUUAGAAUGGAAGAACUCCUGAUCUAUCUAUCAAUUCACUGGGAAUAUAGACUUUUAAGAAGACAGCUGCUUAAAGGCGCCAGGGCAUGUUUUGACUUGUCGCAUAUUUGCAGUAAGCAUAUUUCAAGUGCCAUUAUAAUCGAUGUACCAUUAUUCUUAUGCUAUUUCCUAAUUUUUCUUCUUGUUUCUUCUUUCUGUGUUAUACAAGUUAUGUAUGCAUAAUGUGAAAAUAAAUGGUUAUUUUUCA